AUGCACGCUAUUGCGCUUUUAGGCCUUUUGGCCGUACCGGCCACUUCGAAGGCCUUGAAAUACGCCGUCCCUGUGAGCCUUAAAGCCACUGGCUGCACGUUCCCGGCCAACUAUACCGUCUCCAACUUCACUAUCUACACGGAUAGAACAGACAGUGGUAAAAAUAGUACUUCGUUUCUUUUCGAUGAUCCGAGUACUGGGAUCAAUACCAGCUGCAGUCGAAAUUCAACCUCGAAGCUUAUUGGCUCUAACCGAUGGCCCUGCGAUGACUCGAACGUUGCAUUUAUUUACCAGACAACUGGUAUCGCAGGACUAACCUUGAUUGAAGCGGCAUGUCCUGGAAAUGUUCCUCAAUUCGAAGCCUCUGGUCUCAUUAGGCCAGACCUGGCUUGCACAAAUUCGACAUCGGGAACAACCUGUGUGGCUAAGCAAUCUCCGAUUGUAGGAGAUUUCGACAGUCUCGAACCCGCACCGCCGCCUUCUCGCUGA